GCUCGUCACAUUGUACACGUCAGCAUUCAAUGAGUUGUGGAGUGGAGAAGAUGCUACACCCCCCGUCAGACUUCCCGUUCCGAGCGGCGCUUGCUGUCAAGCUACGUUGCAGCCGCGGCGUUCAAAGAAAGCAGCAACGCUUGUGGCAGCUGGCACGGUGUGAAAAGUUAGUUGAAUGUUAAACACACGUGACGCCAAAGGGCAACUUUCCAGAUAAUGUGAGCCGCCGGUGAUCAAAGUUUGUUUUACUGAGCUUUCCAAAAUGAGGUUGCGACUGGCUAAAAAGAAUCUGCUGGUGCUUUUGGUCGUUUCCUUUUUCGUUUGGACUCUUUUGGUUUCCACGCGUGUGCUGUCAGUUUCAGAGAACGACGCAAGUGGCGCGAAUAAUCCAGCUCAUCGAGGCACACGCUCAAGUAACACCAUUAAGUUCGACUUUUCCGGGUCGCUGUCAGACCUGACGCAAUCCGUCUACAGCGCAAAUCACAAACAACAUAUUUUAAACGCCGAGCGGUUUCCAGGGGAGCCCCAACUGGUGCUGGUCGUCCAGGUCCACAACCGACCGGAAUACCUGCAACUUCUCAUCAACUCCCUGGAGAAAGCCGCGGAGGUCCGCAGCUUCCUCCUCAUCUUCAGCCAUGACUAUUUUUCAGCGGAAAUCAACGCCAUUGUGCGAGGGAUCACAUUCUGCAAGGUCCUGCAAAUUUAUUUCCCGUUCAGCGCUCAGCUGUAUCCCACUGAAUUUCCUGGGCAGGAUCCACGGGACUGCCCUUGGAACUUAUCCAAAGACGAUGCCAUCAAAACGGGAUGCCUCAAUGCGGAGCACCCAGACUCUUAUGGCCACUACAGAGAAGCCUCCGUUACUCAAACUAAACAUCACUGGUGGUGGAAGUUGCACUUUGUGUGGGAGCGAGUGCGAGCAAUGCAGGGCUACAGCGGACCGGUCAUAUUUCUGGAAGAGGACAACUACAUUUUACCGGACUUUUUUCACUUCUAUAAAUUAAUGCUUGAGUUCGGGAAGAGUAGUUGCCGGGAUUGUGAUUUGCUGGCUUUGGGAAACCAUAAUGACUUCACCGGCUUCCCCACACUGUCGAACAAGGUAUUGACCACUGGGUGGAUGUCCACGAAACACAACAUCGGCAUGGCCGUCUCCAGAGAGAUGUACUACAAGCUGAUGGGCUGUAGCGACCAAUUCUGCACCUAUGACGAUUACAACUGGGACUGGACGCUGCAGCACCUUUCGGGUACCUGCAUCUCAAAGCCUAUAAAAGUGCUGGUGGCGCAGGGCUCUCGGGUUCUUCACACCGGAGAUUGUGGGCUGCACCAGAAGCAGAACUGCAAGCCAGAAUGGGCCUCGCAAAAGGUUGAGGAGACGCUGAAAAUGGCUCAAGGUGCCCUUUUCCCUCCUUCUCUUGUCCUUACUGCUUCCGAAACAGCUCAACACAAGGACCACAUGAAGAAUGGAGGGUGGGGAGAUGUCCGAGACCAUAUUCUAUGCAAUAACUAUGCCAAACGACUUUAAAGUCUGCCUUACUGUGACACAUAUUUAAAAAAAAA